AUGAAUAGGAAGAUGCAUGACUCCACUGUGCUCGUUCACUCUUCCAUUGCUCUUCUGCAAGAGAGGUUUAUGCAGUUGCAAAGAGUGAAAGAAAUGAGGGAGAAGAGAGAGCUGGUGAAAAUGCUCAACAUUACUGAACCUCAACAUUUCAAUUCUACCAAUCCCACUAAGAAAACAAGGUUGACGUCACCUCCUCAUGUUUCUCUUUCUCUGUGGCCCACAUCUAAGGGGAUGAUGAAGGAGGACAAGGACAGCAACAUUGUUGAGACACCAGUUUUGAUGAACUUGUACCCUGCAGCAGAUUGUGCACAAACACAACCUUUGCAUGCUUCAUGGAAGAAUGUCUAUGAUUGGGAUCUUGGCUCUGACUCUGAUACUGGUGUUGACACUUCUCUUCACCUGUAG